CGCCGGGAAAACGAAACACCGUGGAGUUCGUGUGAACUCGGCGAGAGCCCCAACCCGCACACUAAAAAAGAAAGAUUGGGAGAUGUUUCUCAUGGCUGUGCAGAGGAUUUAUUGAAGACUUCAUCACCUGAUUCCUCCAAUGAGAAUUCCCCAGCAGUGCCCCCAGAUGAACAGGGUCAGGGUGAUGCCCCACCGCAACAUGAAGAUGAGGAACCUGCAUUUCCACAUACUGACCUGGCAAAGUUGGAUGACAUGAUCAACAGGCCUCGAUGGGUGGUUCCUGUUUUACCAAAAGGAGAAUUAGAAGUGCUUUUGGAAGCUGCCAUUGAUCUCAGUAAAAAAGGCCUUGAUAUUAAAAGUGAAGCAUGUCAACGUUUUUUUCGAGAUAAGUUAAACAUAUCUUUCACUAAAAUCCUUAUGGAUGAGGCCGUGAGUGGAUGGAAGUUUGAAAUUCAUAGGUGUAUUAUUAACAAUACUCAUCGCCUUGUGGAGCUUUGUGUGGCUAAGUUGUCCCAAGACUGUUUUCCACUUCUAGAACUGUUAGCUAUGGCCUUAAAUCCUCAUUGCAAAUUCCAUAUCUACAAUGCUACACGUCCUUGUGAAUCAGUUUCCACCAGUGCUCAGUCACCUGAAGAUGAACUAUUUGCUUGUUCUUCAGAUCUUCGAUCACCCAAAGGUUGGCUGGUGGAUCUCAUCAAUAAAUUUGGCACAUUAAAUGGUUUCCAGAUUUUACUUGAUCGCUUUAUUAAUGGAUCGGCAUUAAACGUCCAAGUAAUUGCUGCCUUUAUUAAACCAUUUGGACAAUGCUAUGAAUUUCUCAGUCAACAUACAGUGAAAAAAUACUUUAUUCCAGUUAUUGAUGUAAUCCCACAGUUACUAGAAAAUUUAACUGAUGAGGAACUGAAAAAAGAAGCAAAGAAUGAAGUUAAAAAUGAUGCUCUUUCAAUGAUUAUUAAGUCUCUGAAGAAUUUAGCUUCAAGAAUUCCAGGACAAGAAGAAACUAUAAAAAAUCUAGAAAUUUUUAGGUUGAAAAUGAUACUUAGAUUGCUUCAGAUCUCUUCUUUUAAUGGAAAAAUGAAUGCACUGAAUGAAAUCAAUAAGGUAAUAUCUAGUGUGUCAUACUAUGCUCAUCAUGGUAAUCCUGAGGAAGAGGAAUGGCUGACAGCUGAACGAAUGGCUGAAUGGAUACAGCAAAACAGUAUCUUGUCUGUAGUCUUGCGAGAUAGUCUUCAUCAACCACAGUAUGUAGAAAAGCUAGAGAAGAUUCUUCGUUUUGUGAUUAAAGAAAAAGCUCUUACGUUACAGGAUCUUAAUAAUAUCUGGGCAGCACAGGCAGGGAAACAUGAAGCCAUUGUGAAGAAUGUGCAUGAUUUACUAGCAAAGUUGGCUUGGGAUUUUUCUCCUGAACAACUUGAUCAUCUUUUUGAUUGCUUCAAGGCAAGUUGGACUAAUGCAAGUAACAAACAGCGUGAAAAACUACUUGAGCUCAUACGUCGUCUUGCAGAAGAUGAUAAAGAUGGUGUGAUGGCACAUAAAGUAUUGAACCUUCUUUGGAAUCUGGCCCACAGUGAUGAUGUACCUGUAGACAUAAUGGACCUGGCACUCAGUGCCCACAUAAAAAUACUAGAUUACAGCUGUUCUCAGGAUCGAGAUACACAAAAGAUCCAGUGGAUAGAUCGCUUUAUAGAAGAACUUUGCACAAAUGACAAGUGGGUAAUUCCUGCACUGAAACAAAUAAGAGAAAUUUGUAGUUUGUUUGGGGAAGCACCACAAAAUCUCAGUCAAACUCAGCGAAGCCCCCACAUACUCUACCGUCAUGAUUUGAUCAACCAGCUUCAGCGUGAUCAUGCCUUAGUUACUUUGGUUUCAGAAAACCUUGCAGCAUAUAUGAACAGCAUCAGAUUAUAUGCUAGAGAUAAUGAAGACUAUGAUCCACAAACUGUGAGACUUGGAAAUAGAUACAGUCAUGUUCAAGAGGUCCAAGAACGACUUUACUUUCUUAGGUUUUUAUUGAAAGAUGGUCAACUCUGGCUAUGUGCUCCCCAGGCUAAACAAAUAUGGAAAUGCUUAGCAGAGAAUGCAGUUUAUCGUUGUGACCGUGAAGCCUGUUUUAAAUGGUAUUCCAAGUUAAUGGGAGAUGAACCUGACUUAGAUCCUGAUAUUAAUAAGGAUUUCUUUGAAAGUAAUGUGCUUCAGCUUGAUCCUUCCCUAUUAACUGAAAAUGGAAUGAAGUGCUUUGAAAGAUUCUUCAAAGGUGUUAAUUGUCGAGAAGGGAAACUGAUAGCAAAAAGAAGAGUCUAUAUGAUGGACAAUUUGGAAUUAAUAGGAUUAGACUAUCUGUGGAGGGUUGUGAUGCAGAGCAGUGAUGAUAUUGCCAACAGAGCUAUAGAUCUUCUUAAAGAGAUGUACACAAACCUUGGGCCGAGACUACAGAUGAAUCAGGUGGUUAUCCAUGAAGACUUUAUUCAAUCUUGCUUUGAUCGUCUGAAAACAUCAUAUGAAACAUUGUAUAUUUCGGACAGUGAAAAAGACAGUAUUAACUGUGCAAAGCAAGAAGUCAUCCAAAUGGUUCGAGUGUUAACUGUUUUGAGAGAGUACAUAAAUGAAUGUGACAGUGAUUAUCAUGAAGAAAGAAUGAUUCUACCUAUGUCAAGAGCCUUCCAUGGCAAACACCUGUCUCUUACAGUUCGGUUUCCAAACCAGGGCAAACAAGUUGAUGACUUGGACAUAUUGUCUCAUACAAAUGAUACAAUUGGCUCAAUACGUCGUCGUAUUCUCAGUCAUAUUAAAGCCAACAUAGCCCAUAAAAAUAUUGAACUCUCUGUGGGUGGUGAAUUGAUAGGUUCUGAAGAUGACAGAAAGCCAAUUGCACAGUUAAACUUAAAAGAUAAAUCACUAAUUACAGCCAAACUUAUAGAAAUAAAUUCAAGCAUACUUUCAAGCCCUGAUAGUUCUUCUGAUUCUUCAAAUGGAUCACCUGAAAACCAUUGUAAUCGCUACACUGAUGGUCCCGGUACAGAAGUGGAAAGUUGUUUGCCUGGUGUUAUAAUGUCAUUGCAUCCGAGAUAUAUCUCUUUCCUUUGGAAAGUUGCAGACUUAGGUAGCAGCCUGAAUAUGCCACCUCUUAGGGAUGGGGCGAGACUACUUAUGAAAAUUAUGCCACCAGAUAACACAACUGUAGACAAAUUAAGAGAAAUUUGUUUGAACCAUGCAAAACUUGAAGAGAGCAAUCUUGAUCUUGAGUCACUCUUCUUUGGUCCUUCUGCCUCUCAAGUUCUGUACCUAACAGAGGUAGUCUAUGUAUUGGUAAUGCCUGCUGAUACAUCUCUGGCUGACAGUUCCUCAGAUUUUCAGUUUCAUUUCCUGAAAAGUGGUGGCUUGUCCAUUGUAUUGAGCAUGCUAAUAAAAAAUAACUUCUUACCAAAUGCAGAUACAGAAACUCGAAGGAGCGCUUACUUCAAUGCCCUUAAAAUAGCCAAAUUGUUAUUAACUGCAAUUGGGUAUGGCCAUGUUCGUGCUGUGGCAGAAGCUUGUCAGUCGGUUUUAGAUGGUACAGAUCCUGUAACACCGAUUAACCAGGUUACUCAUGGUCAAGCAGUGGUGCUGCAAAGUGCCCUUCAGGUCAUUCCUAAUCCUUCAUCUGAGUGCAUGCUCAGAAAUGUAUCAAUACGUCUUGCUCAGCAAAUAUCUGAUGAGGCCUCAAGAUACAUGCCUGAUAUUUGUGUAAUUAGAGCCAUACAAAAAAUUAUCUGGGCUGCAGGAUGUGGGGCAUUAGAGCUAGUAUUUAGUCCAAAUGAAGAAAUCACUAAAACUUAUCAGAUGAACCCCAAUUCAAGCUGUGAGCCGAAGAUAGAAGAUGAACAGGUUUGCUGUGAAGCCCUGGAAGUGAUGACAUUAUGUUUUGCUUUGAUUCCAACAGCCUUAGAUACAUUUAGUAAAGAAAAGGCCUGGAAAACCUUCAUCAUUGACUUAAUAUUGCACUGUUCCAGCAAAACUGUUCGCCAGUUAGCACAAGAGCAGUUUUUUUUGAUGUGUACCAGAUGUUGCAUGGGACAUAGGCCUCUGCUUUUCUUCAUCACUCUACUCUUUACUGUUUUGGGGAGCACAGCAAGAGAGAGGGGUAAACAUUCUGGUGAAUAUUUCACACUUUUACGGCAUCUUCUUAAUUAUGCUUAUAACAGUAAUAUUAAUGUACCUAAUGCUGAGGUUCUUCUCAACAAUGAAAUUGAUUGGCUCAAAAGGAUUACGGAUCAUGUUAAAAACACAGGUGAAACAGAUAUUGAAGAGCCAAUCUUGGAAGGACAUCUUGGGGUAACAAAAGAGUUGAUUGCCUUUCAAACUCCUGAGAAAAAGUAUCACAUUGGUUGUGAAAACGGAGGUGCCAAUCUUAUUAAAGAAUUAAUUGAUGAUUUCAUCUUUCCUGCAUCCAAAGUUUACCUGCAAUAUGUAAGAAAUGGAGAGAUGCCAGCUGAACAGGCUGUUCCAGUCUGUAGUUCACCAGCUACGAUCAGUGCUGGUUUUGAACUUCUUGUGGCAUUAGCUGUUGGUUGUGUAAAAAAUCUCAAAGAGAUAGUAGACUGUUUGACUGAAAUGUAUUACAUAGACACAGCAAUGACUACUUGUGAAGCACUUACUGAGUGGGAGUAUUUGCCACCUGUUGGACCCCGGCCACCAGAAGGAUUUGUGGGACUCAAAAAUGCUGGUGCUACUUGUUACAUGAAUUCAGUGAUUCAGCAACUAUACAUGAUUCCUUCCAUCAGGAACAGUAUUCUUGCAAUUGAAGGCACAGGUAGUGAUACAGAUGAUAAUAUAUAUGGCGAAGAAAAGCAGGACAUUGAGAUUAAUGUUGAUCUUCGAGAUGAUGUUUUUGGAUAUCCUCAUCAAUUUGAAGACAAACCAGCAUUAACUAAGACUGAAGAUAGGAAAGAGUACAAUAUUGGUGUCCUAAGACACCUUCAGGUUAUCUUUGGUCAUUUAGCUGCUUCCCGACUGCAAUACUAUGUACCCAGAGGAUUUUGGAAACAAUUCAGGCUUUGGGGUGAACCUGUUAAUCUUCGUGAACAACAUGAUGCUUUAGAGUUCUUCAAUUCUUUGGUGGAUAGUUUAGAUGAAGCUUUAAAAGCAUUAGGACAUCCUGCAACACUAAGUAAAGUAUUAGGAGGUUCCUUUGCUGAUCAGAAGAUUUGCCAAGGCUGCCCACAUAGAUAUGAAUGUGAAGAAUCUUUCACAACUUUGAAUGUGGAUAUCAGGAAUCAUCAAAAUCUUUUGGAUUCUUUGGAGCAUUAUAUCAAAGGAGAUUUAUUAGAAGGUGCAAAUGCAUAUCGUUGUGAAAAAUGUGAUAAAAAGGUUGACACAGUAAAGCGCUUGCUAAUUAAAAAACUACCUGCCGUUCUUGCUAUCCAAUUGAAACGAUUUGACUAUGACUGGGAAAGAGAAUGUGCAAUCAAAUUCAAUGAUUAUUUUGAAUUUCCACGAGAACUGGACAUGGAACCUUACACAGUUGCAGGUGUUGCAAAACUGGAAGGAGAUAAUAUAAGCCCAGAAAAUCAGUUAAUUAAACAAAAUGAGCAGUAUGAAAGUGAGAUAGCACCAGACACAAAAUACAGACUUGUGGGUGUGCUGGUACACAGUGGUCAAGCAAGUGGUGGACAUUAUUAUUCUUAUAUCAUUCAGAGAAACAAUAAAGAUGCACAGAGAGAACACUGGUAUAAAUUUGAUGAUGGAGAUGUAACAGAAUGCAAAAUGGAUGAUGAUGAAGAAAUGAAAAAUCAGUGUUUUGGUGGAGAGUACAUGGGCGAAGUAUUUGAUCAUAUGAUGAAGCGCAUGUCAUACAGGCGACAGAAAAGAUGGUGGAAUGCUUAUAUACUUUUUUAUGAAAGAAUGGACACAGUAGAUGAAGAUACUAAGAUGAAAAGAUAUAUAUCACAGCUAUCUCUCAGAAGACCCUAUCAGAUUAUUAUGUCUCCAGCUAUUGAGAGAAGUGUACGGAAACAAAAUGUGCAGUUCAUGCAUAAUCGAAUGCAAUACAGUUUAGAAUAUUUUCAGUUUGUGAAAAAACUGCUUACGUGUAAUAGUGUUUACUUAACUCCUGCUCCAGGACGAGAUCACUUAUUGCCCGAAGCGGAAGAAAUCACUAUGAUUAGUAUUCAACUUGCUGCUAGAUUCCUAUUUACUACUGGAUUUCACACAAAGAAAAUUGUCCGUGGCCCUGCCAGUGACUGGUAUGAUGCCCUGUGUAUUCUUCUCCGUCACAGCAAGAAUGUACGCUUUUGGUUUGCACAUAAUGUACUUUUUAAUGUGUCAAAUCGUUUCUCUGAAUACCUUCUGGAGUGCCCUAGUGCAGAAGUGAGGGGUGCAUUUGCAAAGCUUAUAGUAUUUAUUGCACAUUUUUCCUUGCAAGAUGGGUCUUGUCCUUCACCUUUUGCAUCUCCAGGACGUGGAAGUCAGACAUGUGAUAACUUGAGUUUGAGUGACCAUUUACUAAGAGCAGUGCUAAAUCUUUUGAGAAGGGAAGUUUCAGAAAAUGGACGUCAUUUGCAGCAGUAUUUCAAUUUGUUUGUAAUGUAUGCCAAUUUAGGCAUGGCAGAAAAGACACAGCUUUUGAAGUUGAGUGUACCUGCUACUUUUAUGCUUGUGUCUUUAGAUGAAGGACCAGGUCCUCCAAUCAAGUAUCAGUAUGCUGAAUUAGGCAAAUUAUAUUCAGUGGUGUCACAGUUGAUCCGCUGUUGCAAUGUCUCAUCAAGAAUGCAAUCUUCAGUCAAUGGUAAUCCCCCGCUUCCUAAUCCCUUUGGUGACCCUAACUUAUCACAACCUAUAAUGCCAAUUCAGCAGAAUGUGGCAGACAUUCUAUUUGUGAGAACAACUUAUGUGAAGAAAAUUAUUGAAGACUAUAGUAACUCUGAGGAGACCAUCAAAUUACUUCGUUUUUGCUGCUGGGAGAAUCCUCAGUUCUCAUCUACUGUCCUCAGUGAACUUCUGUGGCAGGUUUCAUAUUCAUACACCUAUGAACUUCAGCCAUAUUUGGGUCUACUUUUGGAAAUGUUACUGAUUGAGGAUUCCUGGCAGACUCACAGAAUUCAUAAUGCACUUAAAGGAAUACCAGAUGAUCGAGAUGGACUGUUUGACACAAUCCAGCGCUCUAAGAAUCACUAUCAAAAAAGAGCAUAUCAAUGUAUAAAAUGCAUGGUAGCUUUAUUUAACAAUUGUACUAUUGCUUACCAGAUUUUACAGGGUAAUGGAGAUCUUAAGAGAAAGUGGACCUGGGCUGUGGAAUGGCUUGGAGAUGAACUGGAAAGAAGACCCUAUCCUGGGAAUCCACAGUACACAUACCAUAAUUGGUCUCCUCCAGUACAAAGCAAUGAAACAUCAAAUGGUUAUUUUUUAGAAAGAUCACAUAGUGCUAGGAUGACACUUGCAAAAGCUUGUGAACUCUGUCCAGAGGAGGAGCCAGAUGACCAAGAUGCCCCAGAUGAGCAUGAAACAUCUCCACCAGAAGAUACCUCUUUGUAUCUCCAUGCAUCUGGAUCUCAAUAUCAGCAGAGUACUCAUGUGCAUGGACAGCCAUAUAUAGGAACAGCGACUGAUCACUUGAACAGCACUCAGAAAACUGGCCAACAAACAGAAGAAAAUUACGAAAACAAUGAAGAAUUAUCCUUAUCUCAAAUAAAGAAUCAAUGAAAUACAUGCCAUUAGCUGGUUGUUAAGAUGCAGUACUCGGGCCUUACAGGCCAAAAUUGCUAUGCCUGAAUAAUAUAUUAAAACUAGGGAAGCUAUUCCAAAUCAUCAUGGAAUUGAGAGUCUUUUCACUGUCACAUAAUAUGCAGAAAUUUGCUAUCAUUACAAACUGCCCACAGGAUAAAGUGUAUAGUGUUUUAUAAUAAAUGGCUAUAAUACUAUUUAAAUGGCAAAGGUGUAUAUAGUAUAUUAAUGUUUGUUAAUUCUUAAGCAAAAACCUUUUUGUGAAAAAGCUAUAUACAAACACAAAAAUAAAUUCUCUUAGUGUCCAUUGCAUUCUGCAGCUAGUGUUGCUUGCCUCAUACAGAUCAACCCGUUUACCAAAAACAAGAGAGCAAAUAAGGAACAUAAAAUAGCCUUUCCACAUCAAUCCAGUCAACAGUUCUUUUUAAUUCUUGUUUUAGGAUAUGUACGUCUGGUAGGUAACUUGAAUUAUAUGUUGAUGUGGAACACUUCUGAUGUAUGAUUCCUAGGUAUUUUUCUUUGUAUUUUUAUUUUUAUUUUAAGUGGAUCACUUUAAUUCUGUAGUCAUGUUGUAACAUUUAGCAUGACUUCUCACCGGUGGGAAGAGAAUUAUCCAACAGAUAGAAGUUGUCCAAAAAUAAGUUUAAUCAGACUCAGUUUGCCUACUUAAGAUAAAUAUGAAAUGGAGAGGAAUGUGACAAGCAGUUUUUAUUGCACAUAUGUUCAUCACAUUUAAUAUUUGAUGAUUCAGUAUCUUCAUGGGAUAAAGAAUAUUGGUAGGAAUUUUGAAGUACGAGAACAAACGUUUAAAAGUUUACUAUGCCAGAAGGUGUGAGACAUAAUGCAAGACUGUAUUUUGGUGUGUACUUGUUCUGGUUUUUUGGCUUUCUUUUUGUUUUAAUUUAUUAGAUAUAGCUUCAGAAACUUUACUUCUGUAAAUGCUUUGAAAUGCCAUUGUACCAAUAUUCUGUUUGAGAAAACAAGACUUCUAGUUGUUUUUCCAUUGUUUCAAAACUCUUAUUGUUUGAUGGGAUGCUUAAUAAAAUAUGUUCUUCUGCCCAAUUAGCAUAAAUCUAAAGUACCAUUUUUAAAAUAAACACUUGCUUAAGGAUACCAAGAAACUUAUGAGUUAAUGCUUUGUUAAGAAGAGAAUUGGUAACUUUUGAAUGUGUACAUAUUUUGGAACCUAUCAAAAAACCAAGUAUCUGCCAACAGAUAUAACAUGUCUAUAUACUACUUAAAUAUUUUGUUGUUUUGUUUUAUAGAAAUUAUUUUGCUGA